GGAGAGGAGAUCACCAGAGACUGAACCAGGAGGUUGAGCCAGAUGACAACUGUCAGCCCUCAGCCAGCAAGACGAGGGCACAGAGGUCCCUAUGACUUGCCUGGCAUCAGACUGCUCUGCUGGACGUGCCAUUCAGAGGGUCUCUCUGGUAUGUCACCACUGGAAGGCCCCCAUCUCCUUUGUUUACACCAGCAGUCCUCACCCCCCAAGGGUGACUGCCUUGCAAGGUGGGGUGGGGGGGGCAACUGGCUCUAUCUGGAGGUAGUUUGGGGGUGUUGGGAAGAGGGCAAAGGGGGAGAUACUCUUUUCAUCUGGAGGGUGGAGGCCAACCAGCUGCUAAGCAUACUACAAAGCAAUACCACUCCCAACAAAGAAGCUUCUGGCAUCAAGGCUGAGAAGGCUCCCCCAGAGCUUUGUAUCCGGGUGGGGAUAAAGUCACGCCCUGGGCGUUUGCCUGGAGUUCCUCCUCUGCCCAGCUACAGCCUUGGCCUGUGUCCAGGCGCAGCUCCCGGAGUGAAAGGCACUGAGCAGAAUGCCCUCGGGCAGUGGGCAAGUGGCCCCUGCAGAGUUUACCACCGGCCAAGCCGCGCCUCCUGCGGAUCCGGUGUGCUCUUCUGUAAUUUACAGUCUCAGGGCGCCUGUCUUCCUGGAGCCGCCGCCCCGGGAGGGAGGAAGCCUGUGCAGGGGGCCGGCUGGCCACCUGCCCUACUAGGGAGGCCGCACCUGGGACCAGGCCGGGCGGGACAGGCGCUGAGCACGCGGCCUCCCCUCCAGACCCCGCCGUCCCGGGCGGCCCUGCCAGAAGAUGACCUAUUGAACAUUUCCAGGAACAGCACUGCCAAGCCUGUCAACUGCUUUCUUGGAAAUACACUCAGUGAGGAUGGCAGGCCUCCAGCAGGGAGCGUGGAAAGCCCGGCCUGGACCACCCUGGGAGAGAAGUGGCAGCACCAGGCUGCAGGAGGCCUUGGGGUCUGGGAUGCCCAGCCCAGCCCAGCCCAGCCCAGGGGCCUGUGGAGCCCAGCAAGCAGCGGGGGAGGAGGCCUUUUCCCCAUGUCCUCGAGAGGAGAUGGGGGCGCCCCUCAGGGGAGCCUAGGGUCCAGGGCCUUACAGACUUGGUGCCACUCUGUGACCUUCCUGCUAUGUUUGUUCAGACAGGUGGCCAACCUCCACAUCCUCUGAGGAGUGCAGGCCAGAUGUAAGUAUCAGAAUGGGGCCCCUGGCAGUAGCACCAGGUUAAGCACACAUAGUGCGGAGCACAAGGACCUGCAUAAGGAUCCUGGUUUGAGCCCCGGCUCCCCACCUGCAGGAGGGUCACUUCACAAGCAGUGAAGCAGGUUUGCAGGUGUCUCUCUUCCCCACCCCCUUCUCCUCUCUCAAUUUCUCUCUGUCCUAGCCAACAACAAAGGCAGCAGUAACAACAAUGAUAAACAAUAAGGGCAACAAAAGGGGAAAAAAUAGCCUCCAGGAGCAGUGGUUUCCUAGUGCCAGCACAGAGCCCCAGCAAUAACCCUGUCCUGCAGGCAAAAAAAAAAAAAGGAAUAAAGAAAGAAGAAAGGGGACUUCUUUACUCCUUCAUUCUUAUUGCAACAUCACCUCUUCCAUCCUCUAAAUACAGAUGUAAAUAAGAGGCCCAAAUAGAAUUUUUUUUUGGAAGAAGAAAACAUCUUGUAAUUCACCUUCCCCCCUGUUUCUCUUCACUCCCUUUUCCUCUCAUAGAGACUGCCAUUCUUCUAGAAAUCUGACCACCCCAGGGUCUCCCUGUCGA